AUGAGGCCGAGGCCUGGGCCGAGAAGAAAACUUCCAUAUCUCCAACAAUGGAAUCUCACGUUCGACGUCUGGUCGACCGGACCUGGGGUACUGCCGCUCCUAAACCCCCCCAAUCCCCAUUCAGAUAUCGUCCGUCUCACUCAUCAUUGCAUUUUGGCAGAGAAAUUCUCCACUUGCGACCUCUCACAGCGUCUCUUGAUCGCCAUCUCUGGCAUCCCAGGUAGUGGGAAGACCACGUUGGCGGCCUCCGUCGUCGCCGGCCUGAACAAACUACACCAUGAAUCCCGCCGCAAGAAUUUUCCCAAUAGCCCCGAGCGCGACGCGCGACGUCCUGACCCGUCACAACCGGACAUCGCCUUGGUGAUCCCACUGGACGGAUACCAUCUGACCCGCAAGCAAUUGUCAGAGAUGCCGAACGCGGAAGAAGCCAUCUUCCGUCGCGGAGCGGCAUUUACCUUCGACGCCAAAAGCUACGUUGAUCUGGUGUCGAACGUCCGUAAGCCGAUAUCCCCGGAGACGCCUACGAUCCACGCGCCGAGUUUUGACCACGCGGUCAAGGACCCUGUGGCGCACGAUAUUGCGAUCCCGCCAACCACCCGCAUCGUGCUGUUUGAGGGCCUAUAUACGGCGCUUGACGCCGAUGGGUGGCGCGACGCCCACGCCUUGAUGGACGAGACUUGGUUCAUCGAGGUGGACAUCGAAACGGCCACGCAGCGCGUCGCGAAACGGAAUUUCGCCGCUGGUAUCUCCAAGACCUUUGAAGAGUGUUUGGCUCGCACUCAGCAGAGCGAUAUGCGCAAUGCUCGCGACAUCCUUGACAACCGCCUGCCCGUCCAGGAGAUCGUGCCCAGCGUGGAGGAUGAGAGCUGGCGCGGCGAGCAGGUCAUGAAAGUCGAGGGCGAGCUUGAGGAAAAUGCACAGCGACAGGAGGAUAACGAUGUUGACGAAGUCAGACUAAGAAGGGAACGAAUGAUGCGCAUGGAUAGUAUUGCUGCGUUGGCGGCGGAUGGUGUCGGGCUGUGA